AAACAAAAGAUGGUCUAUGGAUUGACCCUGAUUUCGAUGACGAUGAAGAUGAUUUUGAAUCUGAUCAUGGUGUCGAUUCAAACUUGACAUCAAAAUCUGAUACCAGUAAUCCCACCUCAACAUCAACCUCCAUUGAUACACCUCUAACAAGCGUCAAGGAUUUAUAUUAUGAAAAAGUCGAAUCACCGAUUAACAAGUCAAAUGAAAGAAAAAACUCCAAAAGAUCCUCAUAUAGUGAAAAAGUCGAAUCACCAGGUAUCAAGACUAAUGAAAGGAGAAACUCAACAAGGUCCUCGACUGCUUCCAGACCUUCUGAAUCAAGUGGUCAGUUCCAUAUUCACGAUCGUAAGGUUAGCGAUGCCCCGGUGAUUGUGGAUAGUCCAAUGCCUAUUGAUGAAAGACACUCUCUGAAUGUUUUGGCUUUAAAUAGUCCGGCGAAUUCGAUGGACAAAAAUUUUCGGUUAGAAUAUGAAAUUCUUCAGGAUACUUUGGAAAAGAGUCGUUCGGCCACUCAAAGAAAUUUGGAUAUAAUUAAUAAAGUAUACAAGAUACUUGAUCAAUGGGAGAAUGUCACUGAUUCCUUGCUUAUCAAACGAAUAGAAACAUUAUGCAUCACCAUGGAAAUUAAACCUAAAGAUCUAUUGACUAUUUUCGAGGAAAAUCCGACGGAAUCUCCAGACUACUAUUUUGUCAUUGG